AUGGAAAAGGAUGAGGAGGAUGAAGAAUCUGAAGAAGCAGAGGAAGAGCUGCUGGUGCUUGAAUCUGAUGAGAAACUGAAUGAUGUGAACGAUAUGGAGGCAAUGCUGGUAGACGAACUCGUAUGUGACACGAGGGACCUACUUGAUGUCGAUGAAGUAAGGGAAGAUGAGUCAGCACUUGAGGAAGAAACCAUACUGGAUGACAAAAUGGAACUUGAAGAACUAACUCUACUUACGGAAGAACGUGCAGUAGAUACUGCUGAAGAAUUCGAAGAUGAUGAUUGCACGAAAAAUUGUGCGCGUAUCGUCGAUAUGCAUGACAGUAUUAAAAGUAAUAAGCGGAAACUAUUCUUGGUUGUGAAAGACAACAUACUAUGA